AUGAUUUACACUUCGGACCUUGAAGAAUAUUUGAGGCUACGCCAACUGUUUCAACUUAGUAAUGAGCAACUCAAUUACCAUCCCGGAACUUCAGAUACGCAACCAGCCUUUGCGGUUGGACAGCUACCUGUACACUCCACAGAGUGGCCUCUCCACGACCCUUCUAUGAGCCCUGCUCCCGUGUCUCUCGAUCCCAACUGGACUAUGCAUACCACUGUAGGUCACCCUACAGUGGACAACUUGUACCAGAGCAACAUGCCGUCUUCCUCGACCAAAAAGCACAGAGACAUCGAGGAUGGAAUUGAAGACCAUCUCAGUCCCGGUCAAACUACAAUCCAUAUCCAGUCCUCGGCACCGAGUCCCUCCGUCCAAGAGACAUCACCAAACGAGAAUAACAUUGAAGUUGCUGAUAUACAAGCAAGCUCUCUACAGAGACAAGAUGAACCGGACCACCCUUACAAAUGCCUCUGGGAUGGCUGUAAAUCCCGCAGGACAUCACAACGCGAGACGUUCAGCAGCUAUGCGUCGUUGAUGCGCCAUAUCAAAGUACAGCAUGUGGUAUAUCGCUCCGUCAGAUGUCCGGAAUGUGGUCAGAAGUUUGGCCGUCUGGAUAACAUGAAAGAGCACCGGGGAAGACGCCAUAGGAAGUUUGACUGA